AUGACGAUAAAAUAACCGAAACUAAAACAAUCCAAGUAGCUUCGUUUUUGACCUAGGAUAGUGACUCGAGCCGCGAAACAAAAUGUCAAGCUACCUGCAAAUUCGUCGUCCGACCACCUUCUCCAAGGUGCUGGAAUCGGUACCGAAACCGGAUGGAGCACUACCUCGGCACGGAGGCCUACCCCAGUGGGAAAAGCUAACACUGGAUCGGAAAUUGCCGGCCAACGCGUGCCCGGUACAUCCGCCCACGUUCACCCGGGGCCCUCUGGGGCAUUCACUGUGGGACAACAAACCCGCCGAUUAUGGGUUCGAUCGGACCGAUCCACUGGAGCAUGAUGUCUCUUUCCGGUAUCUGCUGUUGCACGACAAACAGCUGAAGGAUUUCUAUCAAGGAGAUGGCAUUGGCAAGAUUCUAAAGGAACAACGGUUGAUAAACGAUGAAAAAGAAGCCGUUUGCACCCUAGCUGAAUUUAACCGAUGGCGUUUCUAUCUGUGGAAGCUCCACAAGCAUGAGAUUCGAAAGGAAUACCAACGACUGGAUAGAGCGUGGUGGGAGGAAUAUCGCGACAAGAAAGCUGUCCUACACAUCAAGAAACAUUAUGACUACGAAGAUAAAAUUGAACGCAAAAGAUACAAAGCACAAUGCUUGCGGGAAGCAAAACGACAAAAAACCCUGAAGGCGAUUGCUCGGUACAAAAAGAAGAUGAAGAAGUUUAUGGAUUGUCGAACCAUGUACAAACAAUCCAAUAUGAGGGAAGGACACCUUCGAAUGUUGCAAGUUCGCUACAAUAAUGCUCUACUGAAGGCAUCCCGGAAAUCAUAUGGCCUUCGAUUGAAGCGAAAACUGCGAGAAAAAGAUGCACUAAGGACGCGUAGGCUAGCUGUUUUGAAGAAGAGAAUUGCAGAAUCUAAUAAAAUUGCGCAAAAAGAACGGCACAAGAUGUUCUUCAUUUCAUCCCAAAAAGCGGAAGCAGAUCGUUUGGAGCUCCUGCAAAACUUCAUCCAACAUCGGGAAAAGAACGUGGAACGCCGAAUGAUCCGAUCGGCACAGCUUCAGGAGCGUUCCGAACGCCAGUUGACCAGCCGAAAGGCACGCAAUCUUGCAAGCAAAUACGACAAGCGUUCUAAGCCGGCACUGAUGCGCGCUAUGUUAAAAGCCUGGCAAAAUAUCCGAAUUCGCCAGCCAAAUCUUAGCCGACAGCUUUCGCGUGCUUCGGUCCAACAAGCGGUCAACAUUGCCUACAGUAUCCAUACGACCAUCAGUCCCAACAUCAGCAGCACCCAGAUAAUCGACACGGCUAGACAACUGAUCAACGACUUUGCCAACAUGCCUCAAGAACAACUUCCGCUGGAUCAGCAAACCAUCCAAUACACAACCGAGGCUCUCCUGAAGAUUCUCAAUCAGGUUAAGGAACAGGUCAUUGGCGCUGGGUGCUAUCUCAUAGAGCAAGUAGCCACCAAAAUGCGCAAUCGAAUCGAAUCCGACGCUCAACGGCACCAGUCGACUCUCUGUGGCCCAUGGAGUUCUCGCUGGAGACGCUCUUCCCUGUCAAACCGAUCCGGAAGUCACCGAGUCUCCAUCGGAGACGUCCAAAUUGUAGACGAAAUCGAAACCGAACAGGAACACUUCAAGAAAUCACGUCUCCGGCCACCUACUCCAGUCACCUCCGUGACGUCGCUCGUCGAACACAUUGUGGAUUCCGACGAGACCAUCCUACCGUCUUCCAGCGAGGAACUGGAAAUCGCCUCCGUUGUGGCGGUCAGCAUCGAAAAACGAGCCACCGCCGAAGAUCACCCUCUGAUCCAUCUCACCUUCCGGCAGAAACGGUUCCUCGAAACCAACCUUAUCAAAUUUAGAGCCAUCAUUCACCGUAGCGUAGAAACUCGCUCCUUGGCCGCCAUCGAUGUUAUGCGUUUGGAAAUCGUUCGCCGGAAGUUGCGCUGCCAGCCGAAGGGCACCGGGGGAAAUGCUGCGAAGAAGGAAACACUUGCCCGCGAAACGGCACGCUGUAUUUUGAUGUUUCCCAAGGAAGAACAACGGUAUGCCGAGCUGUUGCUGGACAUUAUCGGUCUUCUGGUGUGUGAAGUUUGCGACGAGCUGGAGGAAAUACUGAAUGCACCGUAGAUGUUUUGCUUACCUAGGAAUUCGUCCAGAGCAUUUUGUUGGAAUUUUCUCGACAACGCAGUAUAUUUCACAACAUUUUCAUGACCCAAUGAUAGAAGCACACAAGCUAGCAUAUUUUAGACAAGCACUACAAAUUAUAACAUGUAAAUAUACACAUUUUUUUCAAGAAAAUAUAAAAAUUUAAAGAUUUAA